AAAAAACAUGCUAGUUUAUUGCUGAAUCAACGAUGUUGUCCUUCCGUAUGAUAGGCUUGCCUUUUGAAGCCUAAUUCAGUAGAAGGAUCUGAUGUGGAAAUUCCAAAAUUCAGUCUCUUACAAGCCACAGAAAUUGGGUUGUACAUUUCAGUGUAAAGUGAGAAGUAUCUUGUAUUCAAGAAAUCGUGAUGCGUACAGGGAUCCUCAAUUUAUAUCUGAUGUGAUGGAGCCUCUCUUGAUUAAAAAAUUGAUGAAUAAAAAGCUUGUGAAUCUUUCUCGUGGAGAAUUACACAAGGUUGCUCUCACUGUGUGUCUUGGAAAGCCAGCUGAUAUAUAUUUGAUAGAUGAACCAAGUUCAUAUCUUGACUCAGAGCAGUGUAUUGUUGUUUCAAAAGUCAUAAAGAAGACUGCAUUUGUUGUGAAGCAUGAUUUCAUCAUGACAACAUACCUUGCUGAUAGGGUGAUUGUGUACGAAGGAAAGCCAUCCGUCGAUUGCAUUGCCAAUUCACCUCAAUCACUAUUGACGGGAAUGAACCUCUUCUUAUUUGUAAGCCCACUUCACAUCUAUUUUUAAUAAAAAAUUUCCAUAAUAUUGUUUUUAACCUGUAGCCUAUUUUGUCGAUAUGUAGUAGCACCUGGAUAUCACUAUUAUUUGGAUGACUAA